AUGCAAUUUGCCAAAAAGGAUGAACUCAAGGAAGCUAUUAGGGAGUAUGCAAUUGUGCAAGGGAGGAAUGUUAAAUUGAUAGACAGAGAUGAGCAGACAUUUGCCAUAAAGACUCUCUCCUUAGAGCACAAGAAAAGUCCUGAGUGGGAUGUAGGGGCAUUCCAGUCUGAGGUAUUGGAAAAGUACCAUAUGAAUGUUUCAAGGCAUCAGAUUUAUAGAGCAAAAAGCUUGUCCAAGGUUAUCAUUGAAGGAAGCUAUGUGGAGCAAUAUGCGAGGUUAUGGGACUAUGCAGAAGAGUUGAAGAAGGUUAACAAAGGCAGCACUGAGGGACAUAAUAAGACACGGCAUGCCAACCAAGGGGCAGCACAUGCCCUUCCUAAUCAACCCAAUCAAGGAACAUUUGGCUCUUCUACAGUCCAAGGGGCAGCUCAGGCCCAGCCUAAUCAGCCCAACCCAUCUAGAGGCAAAAGGAGAGGUAAAGGUACUACUACAGGAAGAGGGAAAGGAAAUGACAGAGGACAAAUGCCAAAUGGAAGAGGAAAUGUGGAUGGGCUCCUACUUAGCCCUAUUUUCGGCAAUUCUCUUAUCAAGGCGUAUGGGAAAGGAACCAUUGUGGUUCCAACAGGUUUGACGCAGCUGGACCUCCCUACAAGGGUGAGGCGCCACUUUGCUUUCUCUCUGCAUUUUCAAAACAGAGCUUGUAAUGGGGAGGGAGAUGGGUGGAGCCUUUUGUCCGAUGGGUAUUUGCCCUUUACCCAUGAAUUUCUGCUGGUUCUUGCCUUGACCCUUUGUUUGACUUGUUUGAAGUCUUAUCAGAGGGCUUUUAACUCUAUUGAUGUGGGUUGGGCUAAGCAUUUUGGAACGGGCUUGAGUUUCAAAGCCCCCCAAGUGGCUUUGAAACUUACGUUCCUUGAACCCUCAAUGGGCCCCGUGAUUGCUUGUUUCCUUCCAUACCACAACCUUCUCACUUGUGUUGGCGGCUCCUAUAAAUUCUCUUUUAUCCCGAUUGAGCUUAUUUUGCAUCCAAUCACCUAUAUUGGGCCAAGGGUUAAUUUGGGUUUAGCCCCUUGGAUUUUUGGGCCUCAACAAAAUGUUGGAAAUGGGACAACAGAAAUGCCAAACAAGCCAUCAUCAUCACAACCACUCUUUUACACUGGAGCUACAUCAUCAUCAUCACAACCACCCAACAUUGCUGACAUAAAGAGAUUCAAGUAUCUUGCCAAGAGAUUCAAGUCUUCUGCCAAGAAGCUUAGACCAUGGAUGUUUUGA